AAAAGUUCCAAGGUAGACAUAAGUUACAACUUAAAUCUUACACCUAGCCCUUAGUGGGUGUAAAGUCCUCCGUAAAAUAACAGUUGAAAUGGCGCAUCGUUUUGAAAGGUGGGAUCAUUUGGAGGACGAGGAGGAGAUUAUAAUAAUGCCUGUUUUGUGUCGGCAACGUGUUCUUCGCGAUAGGUUACACCCCUUAGACAUGUAUGACGACUUUGAUUUAUACUCACGCUUUCGCUUUCCAAGAGCGGAGAUACAGAAAAUUACCGAUCUGCUAGCUGCAGACUUGCAGCACGACUCAGACAGAAACGGGGCCCUAAGUCCGCCCUUACAAGUUUGCCUGGCAUUACGCUAUUUCGCUACGGGCUCAUUUCAAAACUUGGUUGGGGAUUCAAUUCAAGUGCAUAAAUCUACUGUAUGUAGAGCAAUUAGAAAAGUCGCACUAUCGUUGUGUAAGCGCUUGAACGAGUAUGUUAAGUUUCCAUCUCAGCCACAAAACACGACCCGUCAGAAACUCCAUCAGAUAGCCGGUUUCCCUGACAUACUUGGCUGUGUAGAUGGCACCCACAUAAGAAUCAAAGGACCCAAAGAAAACGAGAAUAACUUUGUGAACAGGAAGGGAUACCACUCAAUCAACACGCAGAUUGUAUGUGAUGCUGACCUUGUAAUCACAAAUUCGGUGAUCAAAUGGCCAGGGGCAAAGCAUGACAGCUUCAUCCUCAAGCAAUCUAGCCUUUGGAGAGACUUUGAGGCUGGAAGAUACCCUGGGAGGUUGCUAGGAGAUUCAGGGUAUGCCUUGAGAAAAUGGCUUAUGACCCCAUACCUAAACCCAGCAAGUGUCAGUGAGCAGUGCUACAAUUCAGCACACACCAAGACCAGAAAUGUGGUAGAGCGGUGCAUAGGUGUUCUGAAGAACCGAUGGGCCUGUUUGCACAGAGGCAUCUUGAUGGAGCCUGACAGAGCUGCAGCUGUAGCCGGUGCCUGCGUUGUCCUACACAACAUGGCAAUGAUGUGGAAAGUACCACUGGUGGAGGAAAGAAAUGCAGAUGAUAGGGGUGACAUAGACAUUCCCUUCGGUGAGGACAACGUACCAACUGAGGCUACCUGGAUGAGCUGCUAA